AUGGCUCGAGUCUGGUUCAUCACUGGUUCCUCUCGAGGACUAGGACGCGCACUUGUCGAGCAAGUCCUUGCCUCCGGCGACAUCGUCGUCGCUACCGCCCGAAAGCCCUCGCAACUCGAUGAUCUUGUCACCAAAUAUGGAUCUGAGAAGAUCUUUGCAACAGCACUUGAUGUUACCGAUGCCAACCAGGCGAAUGUUGCUAUCAAAGAGACUGUAGACAAGUUCGGCCGUAUCGACGUCCUUGUCAACAAUGCAGGCUACGCAAACCUAGCUUCUGUGGAGGACACAUCUCUUGAGUCUUUCCGUGCACAAGUCGACGUCAACUUCUAUGGUGUUGUCAACGUCACAAAGGCCGCUGUGCCUAUUUUCCGACAACAAAAGUCUGGCCACAUCAUCCAGGUCUCCACAAUCGGAGACCGAGUCGGUACGCCUGGAGCAGCAGCCUACCAAAGCGCCAAGUGGGCAGUCGCCGGUUUCUCAACUGUUUUGGCACAAGAAAUUGCGCCUUUUGGCAUCAAAGUCACAGUUGCCGAGCCCGGUGGCAUCAAGACCGAUUGGGCUACUAUCGCUAUAGAAUCUUCGAAUAUCAGUGAGCCUUAUGAGCAGUCUGUGGGAAUGAUGUCCAAGCUCAUGGAGGAUAAGUCUCACUGGGCUGAGGGCUCGGACAUUGCGAGGGCCCUCAUUCAUCUUUCUCAGGUCGAGGAACCGCCUCUGAGGAUCGUUCUGGGCCAUGGUGCCCUUCCCUGGUCUCAGAUGGCGGCCAAGACUCUGGCUGAUUCGGACGAAAAGUGGUUGAAGGUAUCUAAGCUUGAGUUUUAA